UCAUCGCUAUGUGUUGGUCUUGAUGGCUGUUUUCUUAGGGAUCUGUAGUUCAGAGGAUGAGAUAGUGGUUCUAUCCUGUCCAGAGUACCAAGAGGGCUUUGACGGAUCCUGCUAUGAAUUUGUGGUUAUACAGCGUACUUUCCUCAGUGCACAGAGUUGGUGUGAGCGGGGUGGUGGACACCUAGCCUUUAUCCUGAAUGAUGAAACCCAGCAGUUCCUUCAGAAGCACCUGCAGCCGGAGAAGGACUGGUGGCUGGGUUUGGCACCUGCCUCUGUGAACCUAACACUGGACUCUGCAGCUGAGGGUCCUCUCUCCUGGCUUGAUGGCUCUGAUGUCAGCUAUUCUAACUGGUUGAAUGACCCUGCUCCAGGAGCUCAUUGUGCCCACAUCUUGAGGAACUCAGGGUUUCAGUGGGAGGCAACAGACAGCUGUAGCCAGGAGCUGCACUUCAUCUGCCAAUUUGAGUCCGUGCGCUCCAUUGCUUGUGCUGACCACAAUGCCACAUUGCAAUGUGGGUCCGGCGAGGUGAUAGAGAUUGAUGACAGCUUCUAUGGUCGUAAGACGGUUCACUACUGCAGGACGAGUUCUGGGUCUUCAGCCACCUCCACACAGGAGGAGUGUAGCUGGAUAGAUGUUAUAGAUUCAGUGACAGAAGACUGCCAUGGGCUACAGGCCUGCCAGAUCACUGCUGAUGUGGCCUCUUUUGGUGAACCAUGCCCAGGGCUGGGAAGUUAUCUGUCGGUGGAAUACCACUGCAAAGACGGUCUCCGCAUAUUAAUGAGCCAGUCAGUUGCUGUUUUUGACAAUGUCACCAUCACAGUGAAGUGGCUCCUUCAUCCAUACCAGGGCAACCUUACCUGCACUCUAAGUACUGGAGAUGGGCAUGACAUUGAUCCAUAUAAUCCAGAAAUGCUGGAUAGCAGUGUGAUUCAUAAGUACACCCGUCCGGGAGUCUUCGUGGUCGGGGUGGAGUGUUCCACCAGUGACUGGCAUGUGACAGCUCAGAAAGCUAUAACCAUCCAGGAGCCCAUUGGGGAGUUUGGUGUCCUCAAGUGCUACAGCAUGAAUCAGUCAACAGAUGCCAGGAACUGCAAGGCCCUGUAUGACAGCCCCUUUCAAAUCCAAGUUGAAGUAGAAGCAGGUACGAAUGUGACCUAUGAAAUCCACAGUGGUAAGAUGUUGGUGGCCAGUUCAUCAGUAAACAGAGGAAUCAUCCCCCACAACAUCACUGUGGGUCCAGAUGUAGAGCUACAGCUGGGCUCUGGCUGCCACCAGCUGACACUUCAUGCCUCUAAUGGGGUCUCAGUCUUGGGCAUGUCCACUGAGCUGCAGGUGUGUCUGCUGGAGCCUGUGGAGGGCCUGCUGGCCUCACUCACGGCUGAAUGUUCUAAAGCAGACCUUUAUAUUAGUGUCUCUCUAGAACGAGGGGCACCAGUGCAGCUCCUCUUCCAGGUGUCUGGAACCAAUGACAGUCUGUCUGAGACCAGAGACAUGCAAACCACCAGCAUGCAGAUUUAUAAUAUCUCAAACUCAAUUCAAGGGGCGUUGCAAGUGAAAGUCAAGGCCUGGAAUGUCUUCUCGUACAUGGAUGUAAACGUGGGGGGCACAUCAGAUGUUUGUCAAAAUCAAUCUGACAUUCAGAUAGAAGAACAUAAAAUACUUCCGAGGGCCAAUAUGGAAAUUACUUCUGAUCCGGAAAGUCCAUCUGACUUCAGACAAAGUGUCACACUUGGGUUAACUCACUUGAGUGGACUGAGUGAACCUGGGAUACAAUUUGAAUGGGAAUGCAAGGAGCAAUGUAAAUGUAAAGACAAAACAAACCAGACGACGUAUGUGAUUAAACCAGCCUGUCUUCCAGAUCCAUUUCAUUUUUAUCUCUACAGUUUCACAGUGAAAAAUCUGACUGAAGUGACUAAAGCAGAGAAAUGCAUCAUUGUUAUUCCUCCUGAAUUCACUGACGUUGCCAUAAGUUGUUCUAACUGUAACCCAGUAAACAUAAACAGUGAUGUAAGACUAACAUUGGAGUGUACCACAUCAACGAGUUGCCCAACAGUAGUUUGGCAUAUUGAGGACACAAGACCUUUGACAGAGACCUUCAAAGACUGCUACAAAGAAGCAAAUCAAAGACCACUGCUCAAGAGAAAAGAAGGUGGCAAUGAAUACAUAGUGUCAAGUGAAAACCUGAAGAUAGCCCAGUCUCAGUCUCUGAAUCUCAGUGUGAUAGCAUAUGGUAAGACGACAUCUGGCGUCGUCAGGUACACCAUUCAAAUACCUGAUGGGGCAACACUUGCCACAACCAUUCAGGCUCCAACAGUCAUCCCCCUGUCAGCUACUACUGAACCAGCUGAUGUGUCCAUACCGGCAACUGCUGUUCUAACUGGACCUAAAGCUACCUUCACCACCACCCCUUCUUGUAUAAUUUCACCUCAGUCAGGCACUGUUCUAGACGCUUUCCAUAUCGCCUGCUCAAAAGCCUCCUGCCCCACAGGCAAAUGUCAGUAUUGUUUCAAAACUGACAACGGUAAUUAUUUGCACUGCAGUUAUGAAAAUGAAGUGAAGUCCAUCUUCCUACCUCUUGGGAACAGUAGUUACAACUACAGUUUGUCUGUGGUGGUUACUGUAGUAAAUGAGAAUAGAAAAACAAAUGCCACACUCACCACUGAGGUACGGCCGGCCAACUCCAGUUCCUCCGUGACCGAUCUGAAGUCUGUGGUGGAGAACACUGUUGUUCAGCUACAGCAGCGAGGGCUGUUCAGCGGGGAGGUCCUGGGACAGAUGUUUAAGUCCGUGUCCGAUAUGCUGAAUAAGGGAUCUAGUGAGGAUCAGAAAGGUGCCAGAGAGGAGCUACGAGAACAGAUGCUGAACAGCAUGACUGCAGGGCUGAAGAAUGUCCCCAACACAUCUCCUCAGGAGGUGCUGCUGACAGCCACAGCCGUGGCAGGACUCACCAAGCAGGUGGACGAGGUCAAUUCUGCUGCUCAGCUACAAGCUAGCUUCCUGGUGGCAGACCUCAGCUCUUCCCUAGCUUCCAUGACUGGAGGAGAAGUAGAGAUGGUAGAGGCAGCUACAUCAAUUGUGGAGGCUGCCAGCAAUAUCUUGGGAGUCUCUUCAAAUGCAAGCACACAGAGAAAAGUCUCAAAGAUUCUGCUCAGCAGUUUGGACAAUGUGCAGAGUGCACUUUUAAAUGGGAAAAUGGUUGGUCAAGAGCCUUCCAUUAUCAAAAGCUCGGAAAUCAGUGUGUAUGCUAGCAGAAUGUCUCCAAAUAGCAUUCAGAUGCAGCCUAUAAACAUCCCAGACAGCUCAUCAGCCAGCUUUUCCUUCCCUUCCCUGGGUGCUGAUGUUCUUUCUCCAGAUAUGCCAGUGGAUGUCAGAAUGCUGAGUUUUGAGAAGAAUCCAUAUUCUUGGAGGGAGGGGGGUAAUAUCACUGGAGCCAUGGGGUCUUUGUCUCUCACCAGAGAGGAUGGAUCGGUCAUCACUGUGGAGAACCUAUCUGAAGAGAUUCAGAUCUUCUUGCCAAGGCUUGAAGAAGGGCAAGUCAACAGCACUAUCCUCGACCUGGGAAACUACAGCACACUGAUGAUUGACGUCCCUUCACCAGAUGUAACCCUAGUGCUGAAGAUGGAGCCCUCAGAGGACAUACAUUUUUUAGUGCUGCUCGGGUAUCAAGACUACCCAAAUGAUAAGCAAUAUGUAGCUAAGACCAAGAUGCCUCACCAAGGCAAUUCAAGAGAGGAGAGAUACACCUGGGUCCUGGGUCUCAGCGAUCUGAUAGGAAGAGUGGGGGUCCACUAUGUUGUGUUGAUGCCCAUUGUGGAGCCAGGGGUUAAAUCCAUCAAUGUUACUGUUACUGUCACCUCCAUUGCUGCCCAGUGCAAGUAUUGGGAUGAAACCAAAUCCACCUGGAAAGAAGAUGGCUGCAGGGUCGGUCCUUUAACCACACCAUUGGUCACCCAGUGCUUAUGUAACCAUUUGACCUUCUUCGGGAGCUCUUUCUUCGUCAUGCCCAACCUCGUGGAUGUGUCCCGUACGGCUGAGCUAUUUGCCACCUUCUCAGACAACCCCGUGGUGGUGUGCUUUGUUGGUGCCAUCUUCAUAGCUUAUCUCCUGGUGGUCGUGUGGGCACGCAGGAAGGACAUCCAGGAUGUAGCAAAGGUGAAGGUAACAGUGCUGGAAGACAAUGACCCAUUGGCUGAGUACCGUUACAUGCUGAAUGUCAGCACUGGGCAUAGGCGAGGUGCUUCCACCUCCUCUCAGGUUACCGUUACAUUACUGGGCACAGAGGGAGAGAGUGAGCCACAUCACCUCACCGACCCUGACAAGCCUGUCUUUGAGAGGGGUGCAGUGGAUACCUUCCUGUUGACCACACCCUUCUCCCUGGGGGAGCUGCAGAGCAUCAGGCUGUGGCACGACAACUCAGGGGGGCACCCUGCCUGGUAUAUAAACAAAGUGGUGGUGGAGGAUCUAGAAACUGGACAGAAGUGGCAUUUCCUGUGUAACUCAUGGUUGGCCAUAGAUAUGGGCGAGUGUGUUCUUGAUAAAGUUUUCACUGUUGCCACCGAGAUGGAUUUGAAGAAAUUCAGUAAUCUCUUCUUCAUGAAGACAGCAAAGGAUUUCCGUGAUGGCCACAUCUGGUUUUCUGUGAUCAGCCGCCCCCCAACGAGCACCUUCACAUGUGUCCAGCGAGUGUCCUGCUGUUUUUCUCUACUCCUUUGCACCAUGCUGACCAACAUCAUGUUCUGGGGCAUCCCUACCAACCCCUCUGAACAGACAAUGGAUCUGGGUCAUAUUGAGUUCACAUGGCAGCAGGUGAUGAUUGGCAUUCAGAGUUCAAUCAUAAUGUUUCCAGUUAAUCUCCUCAUCGUGAGUAUCUUCAGAAACACUCGUCCUAGGGACAAGCCAGGAAAGUCCAAGCCAGAGGUGUCCAAUCAGGGCAAGACUGGCAGAGUCUCUCCCUCACAGCCCCCCUCCCCACAGAGGGACAAAGAACUCACGCCGGACACUGUCACAAAGGACAUAAAGAGAAUUGCACAGUCACUCUCUAAAGCUAUGAAGAGCCCAAUUCCACGUCUGGAAUUAGAGAUGAUGCCUGGACAGGUAACUGAUAUCAACACUUUGCUCAAUUUGGUGGAAGAAAUCAUCCGGCAGCAGAACCGAUCUGGUGGGGAGUUCUAUUCUGAAGCAUCUAAGAAAGAGGGAUCUCUCAUCCUCUCAAUAGAGACCAGCUUAUCUGGGAGCCCAGUCAAGAGUCCCGGUGAUGGGAGUCAGAAAAGGAGCAACAGUCAGUAUUUGUACAGGCAGCUCUGCCAUGUAGAGAAGGAGCUGAGUCUACUGGGGCCAGGUCGCUUUCCCAAUCCAGACAGGUACCGCCGAGCAGUGCAGCAGGUUCAGUGUAUGAAGGGGCUGCUAGAGUCCCACCACUCCUCUUCCAGCCUAGGAGGAGACCAGCUACUUCGAAGCCUCAGCCCAGAGAGCAGUGACGGAAACAGCAGUAGUAAGAAGCAGGGCGGGCUUCCCUGGUGGUUUGUGUUUAUCGGCUGGAUUCUGGUGUUGGCCACCAGUGGGGUAUCGGGGUACUUCACUAUGAUGUAUGGGCUGACCUAUGGGAAGGACCGCUCUAUAAGCUGGUUGAUCUCCAUGGUUGUAUCGUUCUUUGAGAGCCUCUUCAUCACUCAGCCGCUAAAGGUGCUAGGCUUUGCAACCUUCUUUGCUCUCGUUCUUAAGAAAGUUGAUCAGGAGGAUUAUGGGUAUCCAAAGUUCGAGGGGGAUCUCCGAAAACCUGAUGACCCUGAUGCAGUGCAGGCUGCCAGGAGGGAUAGCACAUGUAGCUUCUAUCAGCCCCCUCCUCCCUCAGACAUUGAGAGGAUGAAAAACAACAUGAUUAAGGAGCAGAAAGUAUUUGCCCUUAUCAAAGAGAUUCUCACCUACAUGGGGUUCAUGUGGAUGUUGCUCCUGGUGGCGUACGGUCAGCGGGACCCAAACGCUUUCUUCCUGACUCAGCACAUUCGGCAGAGCUUCAGCCAUGGAAUCUCAGAGAGCAUGACCCACAGAGAUGUGUUCACCUGGGCAAAUACUUCUCUUCUCCGCAACCUCUUUGGAGUUUACCCAGGUUUCAUCACCGAUGGGAACUCCAAACUGGUUGGUAAUGCCCGUCUUCGCCAGGUGAGGGUGCAGAAGAACUCCUGUGGCGUUGCUCACUCCAUGCGCCAGGCUGUACCAGACUGCAAUGCUCCAUACUCAUGGGAGGUGGAGGACAUGGGCUCCUAUGGGCCUGGCUGGAACCGCUCUGUGAGUGUAAACACCUCAAAGACACUCCGCAGCCCUUGGCAGUACCAAACCCAGGCCAGCCUCAGAGCCCAGCCCAUCUGGGGCAGCGUAGUUCUUUACAGAGGAGGGGGUUUUGUGGUGGAACUGGGCCCUGACUCACAGAACGCUAGCAGUACCCUUCAGUACCUGUUUGACAGCACCUGGCUUGACAUGUUCACCCGAGCAGUCUUUGUUGAGUUCACUGUGUACAAUGCCAAUGUCAACCUCUUCUGCAUUGUCACACUAAUGCUGGAGACCGCAGCUGUAGGAGCAUUCCAGUUUCGCAGUGAUUUGCAGAGUGUUCGAUUGUACCAGUCUACUGGUGGCCUCCACAGCUUUGUCAUGGCAUCUGAAGUAAUCUAUUUCCUGUUUAUCCUCUACUACAUGUAUGUUCAGGGCAAGUUAAUGAAACAACAGAGGUGGGCUUACUUCAAGACCAAGCAGAACAUGCUCGAGUUGGCCAUCAUCCUCCUGAGCUGGAGCGCACUGUCUGUCUUCAUCAAGAGGGCCCUGUUAGGGAACCGGGAUAUGGAAUAUUAUCAGAACCAUAAAGACCAGUUUGCCAGUUUCCAUGAGACAGCCAUAGCAGAUGCUAUAUUGGGGUAUCUGAUUGCAUUCCUGGUGCUUCUGGCUACGGUCAAACUGUGGCACCUGCUGAGGCUCAACCCCAAACUACACAUGAUCACAGCUACUCUGCAACGUGCCUGGACCGACAUAUCAGGAUUCCUUGUUGUCAUGACCGUUAUGUUUCUGGCUUAUUCUAUCGCUUCUAAUCUGAUGUAUGGCUGGAAGCUGUACUCAUAUAGGACUAUCUUGGAUUCUGCUCUAACAAUGGUCAGCUUGCAACUGGGCAUCUUUAACUAUGAAGAGGUUCUUGAUUACAACCCGGUGCUCGGGGCGUUUCUCAUUGGCUCCUGCAUUAUAUUCAUGACCUUUGUGGUGCUGAACUUGUUCAUCUCUGUCAUCCUGGUGGCCUUCAGUCAAGAGCAAAUACAUCACAAGCCCUCAGAGGAGGAGGAGAUAGUGGAUCUGAUGAUGAUGAAGCUCUGCAGCCUGUUUGGGAUUAAAGUUAAGAAAGAGGAGAAAAUGUGUUAAUAUGUGAAAGGUGAAUGUCAAGAAUGCUUCAGACAAAUCUUCUACUUUAACAAACAACUCUCUAACAACCAACUGUCUUUUAACUUAUAGAUACUGUAAUUACUAUUAUUGGUUUAUUAUAUUCAUAUGGAGCUGUAAUUUCAUAGGCAUGGAGAUUCAUGUUGUUGACCUGUUGCCUUUUUGAUUAGCUAAUCUAAUGCCUACGGUGUCUUCAGAAAGUAUUUAAACCCCCUUAACUUUUCUUGUUGCAUUACAAAGUGGGAUUAAAAUUGACUUCAUGCUAAAAUAUUUGUGUUCAAUAAAAAAAAUGAUAUGCCAUAAGUAUUCAACCCCCUGAGACAAUACAUAGGCCUAUUGCUUGAAACACCAUGGCGGCAUGUACAUUAUUGAGUCUUUUUUGUUACGUUUCUAAGAGGUUCUCAGACCAUGAUUUGAUUUUUAGUUGUUUAAGCCUACCUUAAAACUUUUACAUGAUUUUUUUAAUGUUUAUUCAUCUUAUGUGAUUUGUUAGAUAAUUGUUUAUGCCUGAACAUAUUAAUGCCUGCCAUAACAAAGGAGUUUAUAACUCACUGUUUGUAAAAUUUUCACCCCAAAACAAUAAUGUUUCACAUAACUUUGGGAUGUAGUGUUUACAGGAGUGACACAAUUUCAGUCCUUUUUAAAUAUAGGAUAUAAUAACAAAAUGUGGGAAAAAAAGAGGAUUGAAUGCUUUCUGAAAACAGUAGCAUGCAUAAAUGAGACCAUUUGUACAGCUUUACAAAUAUGUUAGAAGAAAAAAACUGCUUUCCCGUUAACAUUUCUGUCAUAAAUACAUGUAGGUAUAGAAACAUGUAAUAAUGUCAAAGAGCAGGAUACAAAGAUAACUCCCAAGCUAUGUUAGUGAUACCUUUGUGGAAGUAAUAAAAUGGUGUUUAAACAACAGCAAACUAGUAUUGUUGUCAACAUGGGCUGUAAAAUGAUAGAAUACAAAUAGAAUGUAGUCUAAGUCCAUAAUGAAUUACAUUCAGGUUUCAGUUGGUGCACAACGGUUCCAGGUCGGAAUCAUUUAGAGCCCAAGAGUCAGACGCAAAUUUUGUAACACUGCAUGGA